UUGUUUACAAAAUUACAAACAAUUAGUUACAAUACCUAUUAAUUUUUACAAAACAAAACUAAUUUACUGUUAUAAAAUUAUUUUAACUAUUUAGCUGGAUUACUUUAUUAAAACCCUAUAAUAUAAAGUGUAAGCUACAGAUUUUUUCAGUUUAAACUAAAAUUUAAAGUUUUACUUAAUUGCAAAGUUUUCAAAGGCUGAAAUGUCUGCCAGUCUUACCAUCAACUUAAAGAGGGCAAGCAAAGUUUAUCAUGAAGGGGAGACGAUUGCUGGUGUAGUUGUGGUGGACACUUCAGGAGAUCUGCGCCAUGAAGGUCUCAGUUUAACUAUGGAAGGUUCAGUCAAUCUGCAACUGAGCUCAAAAAACACUGGCAUCUUUGAUGCAUUCUCCAACAGUAUAAGGCCAUUAAAUCUUAUCAACACAUCAAUAGAGUUAGCCCCAGCUGGUAAAAUCCCUGUUGGUGUAACAGAGAUCCCCUUUGAGAUGCCGCUGGUAGGUCGGCAGACAUCCAUGGGGCCUGGCCUGCUGGAGACCUACCAUGGGGUGUUUGUGAACGUGAUGUACACCUUAAAGUGCGGCAUGAAGAGGUCCUUCUUGAACAAACCACUCAAUGCCAGCUGCCAGUUCUUUGUACAGUAUAAACAUCAAGAGCGCGCGCCAGCCAAGCCAGUGCGAUGUGAGAUCACACCCGCGACGCUCCGCGCGGCGGGCGGCGCCACUCGCGCCAACAUGCCGAAGUUUCAGCUCUACGCAGAGAUAGACUCCACUGUGUGUGCACUUGACUCGCCACUUACCGGGAAGAUACGCGUAGACGAAUGCUCGGUGUCAAUAAAAUCUAUUGAACUGCAGUUAGUGCGUGUAGAGACGUGUGGCUAUACGGAAGGGUACUCCAAAGAUGCGACGGAGAUCCAGAAUAUCCAAGUGGGUGACGGCGACGUGUGCCACGGGCGGGACAUCCCGCUGUACAUGGUCCUGCCGCGACUCUUCACCUGCCCCACCACCACCACGCCACACUUCAAGAUAGAAUUCGAGCUAAAUAUUGCUGUUAUAUUCGAAGACGACUAUUUGGUGACAGAAAACUUUCCCAUACUAUUGUUAAGAAGUAGAUAGUUGUAUUUGUAUAAAGCGAUAGCUGUAAUAUUAUGUAUUAAGUUUAUUAAAUUAUUUCUAUUUAGUUUC